AUGAAACUGCCCAAGGGGGCCAGAAGCCCUGUGUUCUAUGGGCAGAACCCAGAGAAGAAGGUACAGGUGUCCUCAGGGCAGGAGGUAAAGCAGACCCCUGUGGUCAUGGCGAUGAUCAAAGGUCCAGGGCCUGCCAAGUACCUCCGGCCACCCUGCACGGGCUACGUAGACCACGACAUGUCCAUGUUUCAGGAGCCAGCCUACACCCUGCACACCCGGCACUCAGAGAAGCGGAUCACGGACAUAUGCAGCCCUGGGCCUUGUUAUUUCUUGGAUCCUAAAAUAACUCGGUUUGGAAUGUCCAGCUGCCCUCAGGUUCCCAUGGCGGAGCGCGUCUCUAACCUGCGCCUGAGCCCCACUCCGGCCUCCUGCCAUUACCACUUGGAGAAGACCCACCCACCUGGGGAACGCAGGGCUCCCCAGUACACCUUCGGCUACCGGUGCCCAUACAGAGUGACGGACCCCAGUCCAGGCCCCAACUGCUACCAGCUGCCACUCCUGCUGGGCCCCAACCUCCCCGCCAACCGAGCUGCCCCUUGCUAUAGCUUGGCCUCCUCGGACAAGAGCUGGUUCCACAGGGAGCGUGUGGCGGGAGGCCCGGGGCCGGCCGCGCACGCCAGGCCUGAGCCGUCCGUCUACCAGAAGCGCAGCCCCGCCUACAGCCUGGCCAGGCGCUUCUCCUGCCCGGUGGACCGCACCCCUCGGCCCGGGCCCGGCUCCCACGACGUCCAGCUGGUCACGCUGCACAAGCCCCGCAUCCCCGCUUUCGCCAUGGGCAUCAAGCACUCCCCCUACCUGUGCCCGCUGGUCGUGGACAUUCGCGACUGA